AAAUGAAAACAACUUUCGUCUGCAAAGAAACAAAGAAUUCGUUUAAAGGCUAAUUCGCUCGUUUCUCGGCCUGAAAAUGGGUAAAGUGUUUCUCGACCACAUCGGCGGCCAAAAGCUGUACAACUGUGCCGCUUGUGAAACCAAUUUGACCAACAAACGGGAGCUGAUCAGCACCAGAUUUACAGGAGCCACGGGUCGGGCAUACCUCUUCAAACGGGUCGUCAAUCUGACCUACUCACAGGUGCAAGAUCGGGUGAUGCUCACGGGUCGCCACAUGGUCAGGGACGUGAUGUGCAAGAACUGCAAGGCUAAACUGGGCUGGAUGUACGAGUUCGCGACGGAGGAAACACAAAAAUACAAGGAAGGCAGGGUCAUCCUGGAACACGCCCUCAUCACCGAAUCCGAGGGAUUCCCGGAUGCCUGAUAUCAAGCUUCGCUCCGAGUUUAAUCAUUCUCUAGCACAUAAGGUCUUAUCAUAAACCAUUACUCCUUUUGUUCAACCUUUUAUUACUCUCUACAUACGAAUAUUCACUACCAGCCAAUAAAAUGGUUCAUCGAG